CUCUCGGGUAGCCCGGGCCGUUCUUCCUCCCGGACUCUCGCGGGGCCGGCCCCGCCCCUCGGCACUUCCCCGGGAGCCCGGCCCGGCCGCCGCGGUCGCCCUCCGGCCGCGCAGCCACCCCGGAUGCGGACGCGUUUGUUCAGGGUGCAAAACCGCAAGCGCGCGGGAACAACCUUGGCACCUAAGAUUCGGAGAAAUACGGUAGUUCCGGCGGGCGGCGGGGAGCCCGCCCCACGGUGCGGCCCCGCCCACGGGCGCCGAGCGCAGGCGCAGAGCCGCCGGCCCCGCCCCCUCGCCGCCGAGCCCGGUUCCCCCGCGCGCAGACACGCGCCGGCCGCUCGAUGGCGGACCCCGAGCUGCAGCUGGUGGCGCGGCGCAUCCGCAGCUUCCCGGACUUCCCCGUCCCGGGGGUGCUGUUCAGGCCUGGACUCCCGAGGCUUUCUGUUCGGCCCAUCCCUGGCCCAGGAGCUUGGCUUGGGCUGCGUGCUCGUCCGAAAGCGAGGGAAGCUGCCCGGCCCCACUGUGUCUGCCUCAUACACCCUGGAGUACGGCAAGGCGGAGCUGGAAAUCCAGAGAGACGCCUUGGAGCCGGGGCAGAAGGUGGUCGUCGUGGAUGAUCUGCUGGCCACUGGCGGAACCAUGCGGGCAGCCUGUGAGCUGCUGAGCCGGCUGCAGGCCGAGGUGCUGGAGUGCGUGAGCCUGGUGGAGCUGACGUCGCUGAAGGGCAGGGAGAAGCUGGCUCCGGUGCCCUUCUUUUCUCUCCUGCAGUUCGAGUGACGGCGCCGCGGCCGCCAGGGGGCACCGGCCAUCUGCCUGGACUUUUUUUAACGGUUUUGUGCAUGCAGUUGCCUUUUCAAAGUGCCUAGGCUGUGGUCUCGGUCCUUCCUGCGGGCUCUGGAUCUGGAGGUGCCAAGGCCUGGAGCUAGCAGUUCAGGCCGGGGCCCAGCCCCCUACAGGUGCACUUAACAGACAGAAUAAACUGCUUAACAGACGUGAAUAAACUGCUUUGUUAGA